AUGAAAGAAAGAUUCAUUAAUUGGUUAUUGAUUUUCCAAAUAAUUAUCAAAUAAAGUAAUAGAUAUGUUUAUAUUUAGUGAAAUGUUGUUCCACUCCAUGUACAAUGUGCGUCUCUUUUGUUUGUUUUUCGUGCACUGAUGGUUACUAUUUGAAUGCUAAUGAAUGUUCAGCUUGUUCAAAGCCUUGUUAAAAUUGUUCAUCAAGCAGUACUGAUUGUUCUACUUGUGUUGAUUCUACUAAUUAAGUUCCUCCAACUUGUGCAUGUUAAGAAGCAAAAAUUAUGAAUACUUCUACGUUCUAUUGUGAUAAUUGUCCAAAUAAUUGCAAGAUUUGUAGUUCAACAUCAGUAUGUACUCAAUGUUAUGAUGGAUAUAUAUUGAGUAGCACAGUCUGCAUACCUUGUACAAAACCAUGUGUAACAUGUUCAUCAAGUGUUACAACAUGUAAUACUUGCUUGGAUACUGCAAAACAAACACUUCCAUUAUGUAAUUGUAUAUCAGGAUACUUGAUUAAUACAUCAACUUAUUUAUGUAAUUAAUGUACUUUUCCCUGUGCUACUUGUUAAACAUCUGUAACUUAUUGUUAAACAUGUGCAGCUACUUACACUUUAAAUGCUAAUUCAUGUACAUGUUAAAAUAAUUAAUUUGAAUUAAGUGGUACUCCUAAAACAUGUUAAUAUUGUACAAGCCCAUGCCAGACUUGUUCUACAUCAGCUACUAAUUGCAAUUCUUGUGUAACAGGAUUAAACAGACAUUUCUCUAGUAAUUAAUGUAUUUGUGAUGAUGGUUAUUAUGAGAAUAUUGUUUGUUAACCUUGUGUUCAUCCAUGUACCAAAUGUGAAAUAAAUGGGAAUCGUUGUACAUAAUGUGCAUCCACAUAUGUGAUGAGCACAACUAUUCUUAAUACUUGUAAAUGUCCUGCUGGAAAAUAUGAAGUAUUAGCUCAUUCACCUACUGACUGUCAACCUUGUACAUAACCAUGUGUUACAUGUACAGGAUCACCAGAUCAUUGUUUAACAUGCAUCGAUAUUCAUUAAACAGUAAAUGCAUCUAAUUAAUGCUAAUGUAAUAAUGGUUAUUUGAUGAGUGGAAUAAAUUGUAUAUAAUGUGUUAAUCCUUGUUUAUAAUGUUCUGGAAGUACUAACUAUUGUACAUAAUGUAAAGAUAUAUAACAUUAUGUAUCAUCAGGAUCAUGUAUCUGUAAUCCUGGUUGGGUUAAUAAUAGUAAUUAUGAUUGUAUUGCAUGCUAAAGUCCUUGUGUCACAUGUUCAAUUAAUAAUACUCAUUGUGAAAGUUGUAUUGAUCCUAAUCAUGAGAAAAAUGCUUCUUUUUAAUGUAUUUGUAAAGAUACAUAUUACUCGAAUACUGUUCACACAUGUGCGCCUUGUAUGUCACCAUGCGUUAAUUGUGAUAUUAAUGGAUGUUUAACAUGUAUUGAUAGUAAUUAAAUCAUCAAUUCAUCUCAUAAUUGUAUUUGUAAACCAGGUUAUUACGCAGUUGGUUUUAAUUGUUCAUAAUGCACUUUACCAUGUUAAACUUGUGAAAUAAAUUAGAACCAUUGUUUAACUUGUAUUGAUAUUAAUCAAACUUAAAUUAACAAUCUUUGUAUCUGCAAUGAUGGAUAUUUUGCAGUAUCAACCUAUUGUUAAUAAUGUUAACUACCAUGCACGAAAUGCGAAAUAUCAAAUGAUCAUUGUCUUGAAUGUUUAGACCCUAAUCAUGAUUUGAUAAAUAAUUAAUGUAUAUGCAAAUUUGGAUAUGGAUCAUCUGGAAAUGGAGGAAUAAAUUGUUCGUUUUGUUAAUUUCCUUGUCUUGAUUGUUCAACUAGUGUAAGUAAUUGCCUUUCUUGUAUAGAAAUUAGUUGGCUCCAUUUUUAAGAUAACAAAUGUUUAUGUUAAGAUGGUUAUUUUUAUUUAGAUGACUAAUGUAAAAGAUGUUUACCUUAAUGUUCCUCCUGCAUUGAUGAAUCUGAUAUAUGCUUAAAAUGUUCAGACCUCAAUCAUGAUUUUAUUCAAAACAGUUGUAUUUGCAAAUAUGGUUAUUAUACUAAUAUAGAGAUGAAAUGUUCGAAAUGUUAACCUCCAUGUUUAACAUGUGAAUUAAACUAUGAUUAUUGUACCUCUUGCCAUGAUGAUAAAUAAUUGGUUGUUAAUGGAUAAUGUUAAUGUGAUGAUGGAUAUUACUUGUCUAAUUUAAGAUGUCCAUAAUGUUAUAAGGGGUGCACAAAAUGUAAUUCAUAUUCUGAAUGUACAGAAUGUAAAGAUGGAUAUUAUUUACAUGUUACUUCUUGUUUACAAUGCUAAAUACCUUGUUAAACUUGUUUUAAUAUUACUACUUGUAUUUCAUGUGCUGAUAAUUACUAUAUGAAUUAAGAAGGUGUAUGCAUAUAAUGUAUUCUAAAUUGUAAAACUUGCAUUGAUACUUCAAGUUGUAUUACCUGUUUUGAUAAAUUCUAUUAUGAUGAUUCAUCAUGUAUUCCCUGUUUUAAUAAUUGUUAAUCAUGUGAAAAUACAUCUUAUUUUUGUACUUCCUGUGUUGAUAUUAAUCAUUAACUAAUAGAUAAUAACUGUAUUUGCAGAGAUGGAUAUUAUGAGGAGAAUUUUUUUUGUAAACCUUGUUAUCCUGCUUGUAAAAAAUGUUAUAGCUUAACUUUUUGUUCAGAAUGCAAUUCUUGGAGCAAAAUUAUUUUAUUGAAUAAUCUAUGUGUUUGUGAAGAUGGUUAUUAUCUAACCCAUAAAAACUGUGAUUUAUGUGACAAAAGUUGUUUAACAUGUUCUUUAAUUUCAAAUAAUUGUCUAAGUUGUAAUCAAUAAUUAAAUAGAAUAUUAUAAAAAAAUACAUGUGUUUGUUAAAAAGGGUAUUUUGAGAAUGAUUAAAAUGAGUGUUGGUCUUGUAAUUCAAAUGAAGGCAAAAUAAUUAAAGAUUGUAAAUAUAAAAAUUGUUCUGAUUUUGUUUGGACUUAUGGUGAAGAUUGUGAUGAUGGCAAUAAAGUUUCUAGAGAUGGAUGUUCAAAAUGUAAAAUAGACAAUAAUUACUCCUGUUUAAAUACUUUACUAGAACCUUCUUUGUGCUUUCAGUGUAGUGAAAAUUGUAUAAAAUGCUAAUUAAAUGAAAACUUAAAAUAAUCAGAAUGUAUUAAAUGUCAAGAUGGCUUUUUUCUACUAUAAUCUAAAUGUGCCAAAUGUACAGAAAAAUGCUUGACUUGUGAUAUUAGUGCUUCAAAUUGCAAAUCUUGCAGAUAUCUAAAAAAUGAUUUUAAAGAGUGUCAAUUAUGUGAAUCUAAAAAUGGGUAUUAUUCUGAUUAGAUAAAUAAUAAAUGUUAUUCUAUAUGCGGGGAUUCGUUAAAAGCUGUAGAUGAAGAAUGUGAUGACGGUAAUUUAUUAGUAGGUGAUGGAUGUGAUUAAAAUUGUAAAAAAGAAUAGAAAUUUAUUUGCAAAGAUAGUAUUUGUAUAACUCCUGAAUAUCCUACUCCAAAAUUAAUUAGCUUUGGAGAUACUUUGUUAUAUCAUAAUAUAAGAUAAUUUAAACUCGAAUACAAUCUUUUAUUAAAUAUAACAUAAAAUGGUGAAAUUGAAAAUGAAUUCAUUUUAUAUAUUAAGAAUGAAUUAAUAGAAAAGCCAAUUGAUUGUUAAUACAAAAAAGAAUCAUCAUUUACAAUCAAUAAUUAGUCAAAAAUUAACUUUUCAGUCAUUUUUGAAUUACAAUUUAAUAGAUCUUCAAAAAAUGAAAUACUAGUUGUCAAAUAUCACAAUAUUUCCAAUUUUAUUUCAUAUUAAGGGUACUCCUAAUAAGAAACUUAAGUUUCAGCAGCUAUUUCUGAUUAUAAGAUAAUAGAUUAGUCAUUGGUCACUUAAGUUGAAAUUGUUACUAAUAGUAAUUAAUAUUUGUUAUUUGUUUUGGCUGCUAUGGGUGGAGGAGCAAUCCUAUUUGGAGGUAUAGAUAUUUUUUACAAUUUGCUAGAUACAAUUUAAAUGCUAUCAUAUUUAAAAUAUGUUAACGCUUAAAUGCCUUAUAAUUUGUAAGAAUUUUUUGAUUUUUUUGAUUUUGUUUAACUCAAUUUUAUUUCCAAAUAUUUUAAUCUACAAGGAUUUAUUGAACCUUUUAUCACUUAUUAAGAUUUAAAACCUGUUCCUCCAAAAUUUAGCAAUGAUGAUAUUAAUUCUUUAUUUAUUAUUAAUGGAUCAUCUAUCUUAGUGGUAUGGCUAUCACUUCUAGGAGUUUAUAUUUUAUCUUUAUAUGUGCCCUAAAAAUUAUAAAAAUUGAAAUUUAAAUAUCACACUGAAAAACCUGGUGUUAAAGAUGUAACUAUAAAAUUUAAAUUGAUGUUUUUAGCUGCAAAAGUAUUUAUAACUUAAUUAUGUUACAUAAUUGUCUCAGAAUUCUUUUAUAGUGGAAUAUUUAGAACUCUUUUAGCUACAGCUUAUGAUUAUUCAUUUUUUAUGACUCUUUAGUUAUAUGCAUUAGAAUUACACUCCAAAGACUUUUUGGUCAGAUUUAGUUCAUAUUUAGCUUUAAUAGCAUUUGGAAUCUAUUUAUUAACUAUUUAUAUUGUGACAAUAAUCAGUGGGAGCUUUUCAAUAUCUUUCGAAUAAUUAUAAGAUAAAAAGAAGUAUGGAUCAUUAAUUGAAGGAAUUAAAAAAGAUAAAUACAGCAAAUACUUCAAUGCUAUUAUUCUUGUUAAAAAACUAUUAUUUAUGCAAAUUCUCAUAUUUUGCUUUCCCUCUCCAUUUUUAUAGUCCAUUAACUUAACUCUUUUGUCUAUUUUACAAACUCUAUAUUUAAUCUUCUGUAAACCUCUUGAAGAUGAUAAAGAGUUUAAAAAAUAAUUAUCUUGUGAAAUUAACAUCACGAGCUCUUUAGUAUUGAUUUCAAGUUUAGUCUUAGACGAAGAAUUAAAAAUUUUUAGUGAUGAUUUAAGAUUAAAAAUUGGUUGGUUUUGCAUUGCAAAUAUAAGCUUAAUUUUUGUGAUUUAAUUAAUAAUAGAUGCUAUUUAAUAAUGGACUAUGUUAAUAAAAAAAUACAAAUACCUCAAAUAUCUUGUUGAAAAAAUAAAUAAAUUUUUUCAACCUCGCACUAAAAAAUAACCCAGUCAUGAAAUUUUUAUUCAAGCUGAAAAUUAGAAUUAUUGA